AUGCUUCUGUGGAGGUUGGCCGCAAGAUCUACAUCAUUGGGGGAUGCGUCCAGGAGAUUCGCUGCUUCAAUGAUGUGCACGUCUUCGACACAGGCUUGCUUAGUCCUGGAGCUGGUGAGUGGCGCUCCUCCGGCUCCUCGGGGUGGUCAUACCGCCACCUUGGUUGGAAGUGACAUCUUCGUGAUCGGAGGAGCCAACAGUCAGGCGACCUUGGGAGACGUGUACCGUUUAGACUUGGUGCGGAAGCGUUGGACGAAACUGGAGCAGCCAGCUGGCUUGAAGCUGUCCAACCGCACGAGCCAUGCAGCUGUGGCCACCACAGCAGGACGCCUCUUCCUCUUUGGAGGCUACGAUGCCGAGGGCAACUUCUUGAAUGACUUGUGGGUGCUCCGUCCGACUUUGUCGCCGCCCUUCAGCCCGGAUGCGCCCGAUGUGCUUGAAACGGCGGCGCUGGCCUGGUCGAGACCCGCUGGGGAGCCGUGCCCGAACCUCGAGAAGGUCAUUCUCUCACCCUCCUGGACGAGCAGCUCCUUCUUUUCGGUGGCUACACCGCGGCGGGAACCGAGACCAAUGACUUGCACAUGUACGACAUCUCCAAGCAGACGUGGAAGCAGGUCGCUGUUUCUGGAGCCGGCCCAAGCCCACGACAGGCGCACAGUGCAGCGCGGCACGGACACCAGUUGGUGGUGGCUGGGGGUUGCAGUGGCAGUGUCUGCUUCAGUGAUGUCUGGAGCUUUGAUCCUAUGGCCUUGCGCUGGACGCAGAGACGGCAACCUCACAACCGUGUUUGCGAUCCGAAUUGCGUUGCGUCGAAGAGAUAGAAGGAGACACCAAUAG